GCGAACAUUUGUAGACCGGCAGGGGCUAGCCGCUAGUUGAGUCCGUCCGCCGUCUCUCAACUCCCCGUAGUUUGUUAUGGUGCGCCGUCACCGACGGUUCUGUGUCAGUGAGAGUCGCGAGGCCAAGUGAUGCCGACCGGCUUCCUUCUGCUGCUCUUGGCCGCCCUCGCCGAGGCCUGCCACGGACUCCUGGAGCUGCCCGACACUUCCGGCAUCGACGGACAGCUCACCGCCAACCUCGGCGUCGACCACUUCUUCUCCUUGUGGCUCGUCUUCAACAACGACGACGUCAAGACCUCAGGUGAGCCUUUUACGAUCCUCGCGCCCCAAAAUUCGGCAACGAAGCGUGCCGAGACCCUGCUCCAGCAGCCGGAGCUCGUCAAGAAGCUCCUUCUCGACCAUGUGGUGCUCUCCCGUCUCGACCUCACAAACCUCACCUCCGACACGUCGUUCCAAACGCUCGGAGGUCGAACAGUCCACGUCCAUCGCACGAAACCCGACAAACUGAAGGCUAACGACGCCAACAUCGUCCAAAAAGUGGCCGUUCCUAACGGCUUGUUGGUCGUCUUGGACAACUACCUCUUCCCCGAAGAGAAGAAAAACGCCACGCAGGGGAAACUCGUGGACGUCCCUUUCGCUGCGGAGACGCGAAACCAGUCCAACACCACGUUCGUGGAGAACGUCAUGGAGGUGCUGUCGUUCCUCAAAAGCGGCGUCAGAGUGUUCCAGCACUUUUUGUCGCGGUCCAACGUCUCCAAGUUGCUGGAGGACGGGGAGGAGUACACGGUGUUUGUGCCGACGGAUCACGCCUUCCAGCGGUGGCAUCCGAUCGAUUGGGGGUUUUACCCGUUCAGUGUGCCCGAGUUCACCGAGAGCAUCAUAAUUAACCACUUCGUCAAGGGGCGGCUUAAGCAGGACACGAUCAAGGAUGGACAGGCGGUUAAGACGCUGGGGGGCCGCGAGAUUGUCUUUAAGAAGACUCCGAACUUGUCGGUCAAUGGGGCCAUGGUCGUCAAAGGGGACACGCCGGUGUCGCGCGGGAACAUCAUGUUCAUUGGAGAGGUGCUCUUCGUGAGCGAGUCGGUUGUCUCAAAGCUGCACCAGCAACACAGAGACAAGGAGACGCCCCCAUUGCUGGCGUUCCCCUGGUUUGGGGCCCAGUUCCUCUCGCAUGCCUUCCUCGCCUUGGAGAGGGAUAAGCGUUUCACACAUAUCACCCGCUUUUUGAAUCUGGCUGACUUGGCCCCGCAUGUCUCUGGCACCGGAUACACCUUCUUUGUACCCACUGAUACGGCGUUUGAAGAGCUGGGCUUGGAUAAAAUGCCAGACAACUAUUUAUCGACCGGCGACGGCUUGCAAAUCCUUCUCAAUCACUUCGUCAAGGGCCGACUCUAUGACAAAGACUUGAAGGAUGGGACGCAGUUGACGACGUUGGGGAACAAGACGAUCAGCAUAAAGCGCACGAAAGACAAGGUGAAAGUCAACGACGCCGUCAUCGUCGAGAGCGAAGUCUUCGUCUACAACCUGGGGACGAUGUUCUACACGGACAAAGUCCUGUUCACCACUGCGAACAAUCUUCCUUCCACGAGCACCGAGGGUGUUAAACCGACGACGGAUGUUUUCACCACUGCUUCGGACAUAGAGCCAGUUCCGGACGAACUUACCGAAGAGUCCGGGGCUUUACCCGACGUGCUUUUCUCUGACGGGGCAGCGACAACCGACGAAACGUUGCCAACUGAUAAACCCACAACUCAGAACGCAACUAUUAAAUGAACCAUGUUCCUAGACUAAAUGAGACAGUUUUAUCAGUGUGCUGCAAGAUUCUGUCGAAUGAUGUGAUUGUUUUAUUACAUUUUUAUCCUAGAUGUAGCUCUCUUAUCUUAUUUUACACAUGUAUGGCAUGGCCAACGAACACGUGGCGUUUUUUUUUGGACAAUUCUGGAUAUUUAUUGGCCGACUAUAUAAACAUAGCAACUUUUGUUCGAUCAGUUUUUAGUAGGAAUAAUGUACAAUACUAUGUGUAUAUAGUCAUGAAAUAUUUAUGUAUUUUAGAACAGUAUACAGGGUGUUUUGACGAGAUGAGUCGCUCUUGUCUGAUCAAAAUUUCCUCUAUAGUUUAGCAAAAAAACUGACUGAUGAAUGUUAGAAGAGACAAUUUGCAAAUAUUUUGCGAGUUGAUUUAUAUUUCUAUAAAACUAAUAUUAAAAAAUCUGUUUACGUAUCUAGUAAAUAGAUAUAUGUUGUGUAUUAGAAGCUUUAUAUUUGGGGGUAUCAAUUGAAAAAAUUGAAUGUUUAGUGAUAGGAGAAACAUUCCAUAGUAGGUGUAAUGUUUAUUCAUUUGUAUAAAAGUCAAUUGUUAUUUUAAUACAUAAUACUGUAAGAAUAUGUUGUUAAUAACAGGGAUCCCAACAUAAAUAUGUUUCUUUAA